AUGGCCUCCCACCGCAUCGGCGCGCGCGUCUCGGGCCUCUCGCGAGCGGAGCUGUGCGCCAUCAUCGAGGCGCAGGCGGGCGCGAGCGACGCCGCGCUGCGCGUGGCGGAGGAGCACGCCGCACGGCUCGUGGAGCAGCCCGAGUGGAUCCUCUCCGAGGUCCUCCUCUCGCCGGACCUCGCCCCGCACAUCCUCGCCCAGCUGCCGACCAAGGCGCACGCCGUCAAGGGGACUCCCGAACUGCGCGCCGAAUACGGUGACGACGCGGGUCUGAUGACCACCGGCCAGCACCCGUCCGGGCCGUGACUGCCUCCUCCCAUCAGCAGCGCCGCGCGCCGCUCGUGCCGCGCGAGAAGGUGUUCAGUCAACGGCGGGCGCCUCGCCAGCACUGCCUGGCGCACCCGUCAAAAUGUGCGCACACCUCGCCAUCUCCGCCGCCUCCGAGGCCACCGGCGCCAUGAGUGGUGUCUGCGCCGUCGCCGUGGGGGCCUUGGCCGGCUUGAUUGGCCUCAAAGUCAGCUUUGCCGCCCCGCCGCGAGCGCCGAAAAAGCGUCAACCGCGCAACGGCGUGACGGAGAGAGAGCGACCGCGCUGCUUCUGCGAGCCGCUAGGAGCCGAGCCGAUGUCUAUCCGAAGCCGUCUGCCGCGCGCGUCGGUCGCGAAGGGCCCGCCGGGGAUCAGUUUCCACUCCUCUGAGGCUGCCGAUCACCUAAACUGCACCCCGUGUGUCGACG